UUUACAUAAUGAAAGGCACAAAACGGUGGUCAGCUAUUAGGAUACUUCCGGGUUUCUCGGGGUGGUGCGAUGAUUUUGAAGUCACGACUGUUGUCACAUCCUGCGCUGUUCGUCCUCACCUAAUCCCGGGGGAGUCCGCGUUUUAUGAAUUUCCAAAUCGUUGCCUAACUGUUUGAAGAUAUUGAGAUCACCCUGAUUUAAUCGGUAAGGUUUUCAGACCGCAGAGUUUUUGGGAAAAGGAGUGGUGAAGAUGGCGAAGACAAAAGUCAACAUUCAGAACAACCAGGCUUCGCAGCUACAGUUGAUUGGGUGGCAAGCUGUGGUCUGCUGCGUAGUGUUGAUGUCCUGUGGCCUCUCUCCAGGAGUCGGAGCAGCCUGCAGUCCACAGAAAGACUUUGUUCCUGUACCAGAGGCUCAGUACGACAGGAACUACUCCAGCAUCACCACCCCUGGGGCACGACCCCUGGGGUACGACAGCGGCAUCAUCUACUACCUGGGUGCCAACCAACCCAACCCCUGCAUCAGGGUCACAGGGACCGCAGGGUCAGGGAGGAGGGUGGAAGUCAUGGUACAAACUGUACCAGCAACCCUGGACAUUUGUGUGAGAGACAGUACCCAGACAGAGAUUGACAACUGUGCCAGUGGGACAAUCAACCUAUGUCAAGAAGCCAGCGCAAACACGGUCAACUUUGAGUUCUACUGCAAGACUGGGUGUGAGGCUGGUGACAUCAACUUUUGGUACAGGUUCACUGUCAGCCCUGAAGGCGAGGACCCAGAAGAAUGGUGCUUUGACAGAACAGGUACAGACUUCCCCAACACCCUGGGGAACAUCAUCCCUCCAAACCAUGUCAACAACCCUGUGACCAGACCACCCCCCACGAGUGGACUCACCCGACUCUUACCUGCAUGGAGAAGUCUCCUCAUCAUGUUGGUUGUCGUGUUUCUGUUGUUCUCCCAGUGAGGGAAGACAGACCUGGUAGCUGUCACUUCUUGCCUUCUUUACAAGCCAUGAAAAGUAGCUUUUACCAACUGUUUGUGAAUUAAUUACUUUGCCAAGGAGCUUUCAUCAUGAAAAAUACUCCUUGGUGCAGCAAGCACUUCUCGGUGUGAUUUUGAAUAAGCCGUUCACAGUUUGGAUUGCACAUGCAUGGGAUCAAAGGUGAAGACCCCAACUAUAUUAGGGUCUCAGGAACCUUCAAUUUUGACAUAUUACCCACAAUGCACAUGUGUAAUUCUAACAGUGAACCAACUUAUUAUAAGUGGCACUGAUAGUUUGAAACAAAAAUGGUCAGAGUACUUAGUGAGGAAUGUUACAUCAGAUUAUCAUUUUUCAUGACAAACUUCAUUAAGAGGCUAAGAAUUUAUUACAAGCUAGUGUUGUAGGUACAGUGUUGUUAGAAUUUUUCUACAAAGAAAUAGAAAUAUGUAUAUCACUCGGCAUAAUAUUCAAUAUGAAAAAAAUGGAGUGUCGGAUUAAGAUUUUGGAUUUGGAAUAUUCAGUGAUGCAGCUUUUAUAUUUAACAAUUACUCAGUAUGAUAGAAGCCAGCUGUAAAUGUUGAUAUUGAAGUGAUGAUGGAAGCUUGACUUGUGAAAAUUGUAAUUUUACUGUCUAAUUCUUGAAGUACUGAAAUAGUAGAAGGUGCAGUGGUGCUCAGAUAUUUAUAAAAUCUUUGCAAAUUUGUUUAAAACACAAAAAGACAUGCAAUUUCUGAUGCAGAAAUGUACCACCUAUUUAAUCCUCACCCUUUUAGAUAGAGAUUGUGUGGUGUCAUCUAACAAAACAGUAUUUCAAAUGUAUAGAGAAGGGGUUUUGUGUAUUUUAAGUGGGGUUAGUUAAAAUUUAUUCAUGUUAUCACUGAGCACAUACUGAUCAUGAAUUUUGCCAUAUCCUUUGUUCUCUCAUAUCAGACUAGUCAAAGAAUAUGUCAUAUAUGUAUCCCAUUGAGCUGUUUUUUUCCAAUAUGAGCUACCAGUAGUCACACUUUUCUGUUGAGGAAUCUUGUGUGCCUUUUAGAGGUGGGUACUGGUACAGAAAAUUCAGGUUCAGGUACAGUCCAGAUCCAGAGGAUCAGGUCCAGUCCCGUCCAGACCUGAACCUAAUUAUCUGUUUAAACUUGUGAUUGGGGGAUAUUCAAAACAAUGGUCAAUUUUGCUACAAAGGACUCUGUUUGGUGGAGUAUCGAACGUUCCUUGGCGUUUUCAAAUCCUUAUCUUCAUGUAAACAACACUUACUGCCUCCGUUGUAGACAAGGUUUGACUGUGGAAACUUGGUAAAAAUGACCAUCAACUUAUUUUAUUUUCUUGGACCUGUAAGCCCCAAAUCACGUGAACGCCUAACGGUAUAAUCUGUUCAUCUUCAAAUCGGUUCAACAUCUGGUCCACUGAUUUUUUCAGGUCAGAUUUUUCUUGACCAGUCUAGCAAGAAAAAAUGGUUUGUAUCGGUACCCACCCCUAGUGCCUUUAGAGAAAUUUCCAAAAUCUCUAAAAUGUUGACUAGCCUAAUACGUAGGUGGUUCAUCUGUGUGAAUGUGUUCCACUAACCAGUGUAGAGCCUUGGGUUUCACAAAUCUAGGGUACCCUCACAGUGACUAUUUUCUAUUGUUUGGAGCAGACUAGUGUAUCAUCAUUUCUCAGGGGCUGCAACAACUGUCAAUUGCCUCUUAAAAUUUUAUAAUUAUUUUACAAAUGUUACUAGUGGCCAAUAUUAUAUUUAUGGAAAAGUGUGCUGCUUCGAUAAGAAACAGAGCAAAAUUGGCUCUUGAAUAUUCAAUGUAAAUCGAUAUUGAGAUCACAUGUUCAUGAGACCGAUGAUUGGUCUAAUGAUUGAUUAGACCACUUCCAAUUAUGAAUUCUAGUGAUUAAGACCAUAAUUCUCAUCAAACCAAAAGGAAACUGACGUAACUAUAUUGCCUAUCUGCCAAACCAUAUUGUGGCAUAUCAAUUUGUAUGAAUGGAGAAUAUUUCUGACAGUGUUGUUAUAUCAGCAUCUACUUACAUUAUGAAGUUGGUUUAACAUUAAAAACACUGUCAAGUUUUUUGUUUUUUUAAUCUUGUCAUGUUGCAACAUUCUGUACCAAAAAUUUGUCUUACUUUUAUUUAGAUAACUUUGUUUUUGUAAAUUUAUGGUAUAAUGCUGUCAUGAAUGAGGUGUUUAAAUGUAUUAAAAAAUUGAUUUUUUUUCAAUA